GUCGGUAACGGGCCGGGGCCGGGCGGGGGGCGCUGAGCGGGGCCGCUCCGCUGCCCGGGGCCCCCCGCGCCCCCAUGGACCCCGACGUGGAUUACGAGCGCCCCAACGUCGAGACUAUCAAGUGCGUCGUGGUGGGCGACAACGCCGUGGGCAAGACGCGGCUGAUCUGCGCCCGCGCCUGCAACGCCACGCUGAGCCAGUACCGGCUGCUGGCCACGCACGUGCCCACCGUGUGGGCCAUCGACCAGUACCGCGUCUGCCAGGAGGUGCUGGAGCGCUCCCGGGAUGUGGUGGACGAGGUCAGCGUCUCCCUCCGCCUCUGGGACACCUUUGGGGACCACCAUAAAGACCGGCGCUUCGCCUAUGGCAGAUCGGACGUGGUGGUGCUCUGCUUCUCGCUGGCGAACCCCAACUCGCUGCGGCACGUGAAGACCAUGUGGUACCCCGAGAUCAAGCACUUCUGCCCCCGCACCCCCAUCGUGCUGGUGGGCUGCCAGCUGGACUUGCGCUACGCCGACCUGGAUGCCGUCAACCGCGCGCGCCGGCCGCUGGCCAAGCCCAUCAAGCCCUCGGACAUCCUGCCACCGGAGCGGGGUCACGAGGUGGCCCAGGAGCUGGGGGUGCCAUACUACGAGACCAGCGUGGUGGCCCAGUUCGGGGUCAAGGACGUGUUCGACAACGCCAUCCGCGCUGCGCUCGUGUCCCGCCGCCACCUGCAGUUCUGGAAGUCCCACCUGCGCAAGAUGCAGCGCCCGCUGCUCCAGGCACCCUUCCUGCCCCCCAAGCCCCCCCCGCCCCUCAUCCAGGUGCCCGACGCCCCCCCCGGCCUGGGGGGGGGCCCGGCCGCGCUGUUCCAGGCCCCGCUCUGCGCCGACGUUGUCUUCCAGCUGCAGGGCGGCCACCGCGUCUUCGCCCACCGCGUCUACCUGGCCACCGCCUGCUCCCGCUUCUACGACCUCUUCACGCUGGAGGCGCCGCCCGAGAGCCUCGGCGAGGGGGACGGGGGGACCCGUGACCUGUCAUCGUGGGGCCGCGGCUUCCUGAGCCUGCGCUGGGAGCCGGUGGCCGACCCGGUGGCGGGGCGGGAACGGCGGAUGGCGGUGGUGGCCAUGGACCGGGGCGUGCGGCCGGAGCCGCUGCGUGCCGUGCUGGAAUAUUUGUACACCGGGAAGCUGGAGAGGCCCCAUGGAGACCUGAGGCAGGUGGGGGCCGUGGCAGAGCUGCUGGAGGUGUUUGACCUGCGCAUGAUGGUGGCCAACGAGCUCAACCAGGAGAGCUUCAUGAACCAGGAGAUCACCAAGGCCUUCCACGUGCGCCGCGCCAACCGCGUCAAGGAGUGCCUGGCCAAGGGCGUCUUUGCAGACGUGGUGUUCCUCGUGGACGACGGCGCGGUGCCGGCGCACAAACCGCUGCUCAUCGCCGGCUGUGACUGGAUGAGGGCCAUGUUCCGGGGGGGCUUCCGCGAGAGCUACGCCAGCGAGGUGUCCCUGCCCGGCACCAACUGCGCCUGCCUCCGUGCCGUCCUCGACUUCCUCUACACGGGGGUCUUCACCCCCACGCCCGACCUGGACGCCAUGGAGCUGCUCAUCCUCACGGACCGGCUGUGCCUGCCGCGGCUGCAGGCGCUCACUGAGCAAUACGCCGUGGACGAGCUGCUCCGAGCCUUCAUGCAGCGCGUGGAGAUCGACGAGCAGGUCAUCAUCUACCUGGAGAUGACGCAGUUCCACAACGCCCGGCAGCUGGCGGCGUGGUGCCUGCACUACAUCUGCACCAACUACAACCGCGUCUGCCGCCGCUUCCCCCGCGAGAUGAAGUUCAUGUCCCCAGAGAACCAGGCGCACUUUGAGCGGCACCGCUGGCCCCCGGUGUGGUACUUGAAGGAGGAGGAUCUGUACCUGCGCUCCAAGAAGGAGCGGGAGCGCGAGGAGCAGCUGCAGCGCAAGCAGCACCCCCGCAGCAAGUGGUGCUUCUGGAGACCCUCACCCCCCGUGUCCUGAGCGGGGGGCUGGGGGAGGGGACCCCCGCGUGGGGCUGGGGGCUCAGGAGGGCUGGGAGCCCCUGUGCUGAGCAGGGGGUUCGGCCCCGGGGUCCCCGUGCAGGGUGAGGGGGCUCAGCUGGGCUGGGGGUCCCUGUGGUGAGUGGGGGGCUGGGGGGCUUGGCUGGGCUGGGGGUCCCUGUGCUGGGCUGGGGGCUCUAGCCCUGGAACCCCCACAAUUGACUUGGGGAGCUCAGCUGGGCUGGGGGUCCCUGUGUGGAGUGAGGUGCUUUGGCCUUGGGCUUUUUUAAAGGGCUGGGGGGCUCAGCUGGGCUGCGGGUCCCUGUGUUGAGGGAGGGGCUUGGUCCUGGGCUCCCAUGCAGGGCUGGGGGUCCUUGUGCUGGCCUGAGGGGCUUAGGACCCCCACCCUCAGCCCCAGGGAUCCCCCACUGAACAGAAGGGUUGGCUCCAGGACCCCCACCCUGGGCUGUGGCUCUCAGCCCUGGGACCCCCCCCCCACCUCUGAACCGGGGGGCUUGGCCGGGGUGGGGGUCCCCAAGGGCUUGUUUACCCCCCCUCCCCGGCUGUUUACAGGCUCUGCCGGGUCGCAGCCCCCCGGUCGCACCGUGCCUUUCCCCGGUGGGGGGGGGGGGGGCCGUGCUGAGCCCCCUCCCCCCGGCAGGCCCCCCCCGCCCUGGCCAUCGCUGGUGCUACCUCUGACCGAGCAGUAUUUGGGGCUGGGGGUGCGCAGGGAGUGGGGGCUCUGCCGCUCCCCCUUUCUUUUCUGGGGGGUCCCCACCCCCGUAGGGCUCUCUGGUGCUGUAUUUUCUCCCCCCCCCACCGUGGGGCGGGGGGGGCCAAGCUGUGAGCAGGGCGGGGUGGGUGGGGGGUGGGCGCAGGGAGGGGUCCCUGGGUGCUUGUGUGGCUGCGAGAGCCCCCGGCUCAUCUCUGUGCCUUGGACGGGCCCCCGGGGGGGAUCACUGCCGCUGUCCCCGGGAUGUGUCCCCACCCCGGAGUGAGGGGGGGAGCACUGUCCCCUCCCUCGGGCUGAACUGCACAACCGUUUUUACACUUUUUUACCCCAGGAGCACAGCGGGCCCCCCCGGCCUCGGGGCCCCACCCGGCCCGGAGCGGGGCCUCCCCACCUCAGCAGCGGCUGUUUUAACCUUUAAUAAAGCUUUUUGUAACGGA